AUGCAGAUGUUUGUGUGGCAGAUUCUGGUGCUGUUGAGCGCCGUCACGAGGGCCAUGAUUAUUGGCCCGCGACAACAUUAUGGACCGGUUGAUGUCAACAAUACCGUCUCCGUCGUCAUUGCUACCGAAUUGUUCAUCGACUUACCAAACAGAAUCAUCGUUCACUCCUUAAGGCCUCUGACCAAAAUCACUGUGAACAUGACCGCUUUUCAACUGGCUUCCAACGAUAUCGGUUUAACUACUUUCAACAAUCUCGAAGCCACUGCCAUCACCGAUUCCGCCCAUGGUCAACGCAUGCACAUCUACGAAUUGGACUACUCGGUUCCAAUUGAAAUGAUACCUGGCAGUUCC